AUGGAGCUCGCUAACAACAACAACGCCAUUCCUCUGCUGACCCCCUACAAGAUGGGCGAGUUCCAGCUCAACCACCGGGUGGUGCUGGCGCCGCUGACGCGGCAGCGCUCCUACGGCAACGUGCCGCAGCCGCACGCCGCCGUCUACUACGCGCAGCGCGCCACCCGUGGCGGGCUCCUCAUCACGGAGGCGACGGGCGUCUCCGACACGGCGCAGGGCUACAAGGACACCCCCGGGGUGUGGACGCCCGAGCAGGUACGCGCGUGGCGGCCCAUCGUGGACGCCGUCCACGCGAAAGGCGCCGUCUUCUUCUGCCAGCUCUGGCACGUCGGCCGCGUCUCCACCACCGCGUUCCAGCCCGGCGGCGCCGCGCCCAUCUCCAGCACCGACCGCGGCGUGUCCCCGCAGGUCAGCCACGACGGGCACGUCGAGGAGUUCUCCCCGCCGCGGCGGCUGGAGGCGAGCGAGAUCCCGGGUAUCGUCGACGACUUCCGCCUUGCGGCGCGCAACGCGAUCGACGCCGGCUUCGACGGCGUCGAGGUCCACGGCGCCAACGGGUACAUCAUCGAGCAGUUCCUCAAGGACAGCGCCAACGACCGCGACGACGAGUACGGCGGGUCGCUGGAGAACCGCUGCCGCUUCGCGCUCGAGGUCGUCCGCGCCGUCGCCGGCGAGGUCGGCGCGGGCCGCGUCGGCGUCCGCCUCUCGCCCUUCACGGACUACAUGGACUGCCACGACUCCGACCCGGAGGCCCUGGCUGGGUACCUGGUGGAGAGGCUCAGCGACGUCGGCGUGCUCUACUGCCACAUGAUCGAGCCGCGGAUGGCCAUCGUCGACGGGCGCCGGCAGAUCCCGCACCGCCUCCGCCCGUUCAGGGACGCGUUCCGAGGAACCUUCAUCGCCGCCGGCGGGUACGACAGGGCGGAGGGGAACAAGGUGGUGGAGGAAGGGUACACGGACCUCGUCUCCUACGGCAGGCUGUUCCUCGCCAACCCGGACCUGCCCCGGAGGCUCCGCCUCCCCGACGCGCCGCUCAACAAGUACGACCGCACCACCUUCUACACCUCCGACCCCGUGGUCGGAUACACCGACUACCCGUUCCUCGACGACGACGCUGACAAAUAA